AUGCCUUUGCAAUAUGAACCCGAGUUUUUGGCUGCUCUCCAGCCACUACUUCCAUCACUGGCGAACAGGCCCCAGCUCGCAUUGCACGAUGUCAACGCCCGGCGAGAAGUAGCGGCGGUAACAAUGAGUGCGAUGUUUGCCCGUCUGCCAGACGUACCGGAUGUAGAACGAACCGAGUACCAAGUUGAAGCUCCCGACGGCCACAAGCUUUCUGUCUAUGGCUUUGCAAAGACAGGAACUUCGGACCCUUCAUCCCCAACGCCGGCCAUGCUUCACUGCCACGGCGGUGGCAUGAUUCUGGGAUCGGUCGAGAUGUUUCAGAGAGGGUUGCGGCUGCAGGUGUCGCAGACCUCAAUUCCCAUCUUCAGCGUGGAGUAUCGCCUUGCCCCGGAAUGCAAAGACGACAGUCUAGUCCAGGACUGCUACGCCGGUUUGGUCUGGCUGAGCCAGAACGCGAAGAAGUUCAACAUUGACCCUGCAAGGAUCGCGGUUUUUGGAGAGAGCGCUGGAGGAGGCAUCGCGGCAGGCGUGGCCCUGAUGGCACGCGACAAGAAUCUUCAGCCACCGCUCGCCAAACAGAUCCUCAUUUACCCCAUGUUGGACGACAGGAAUCUCACCAUCAACGAAGCCAUCGAUCCCCUGGCGUUCUGGACGAACACGGACAACAUUACUGGCUGGACAGCCCUUCUUGGGGAUAAGGCGGGCAAGCCUGAUGCCGAUGUCUCCCCUUAUGCAGCCCCUGCGCGGGCGAAAAGCGUGGCAGGUUUACCGCCGACGUACAUCGAUGUUGGCGAGCUCGAUCUCUUCCGUGACGAAGAUAUGGAAUUUGCCAUGCGCAUUGCGAAGGAGAAUAUCAGUACAGAAUUUCAUCUUUACCCUGGUGUUCCGCAUGCGUUUGAGCCCAUGGCGUUUGACGCAAGUGUGACGAAGAGGGCGCUUGAAAAUAGAGUGAAAGCAAUGCUGAGUUUCUAA